AUGUUCUCCCUCGCGCCUCGGUCCGUCCUCCGCCAGGCACGGACACAGUUCCGCCUUUCGCAACCCACUGUCGUCCCUCAGUAUUCGGCAAUCGCGCGGCUACUCUCAACCCUGGCGGUCCUUGAGCAAAGAGAUGGGAAGCUCAGUGUACAAUCGCUGGCUACAGUAGCGGCAGGACAGAAGAUUGGUGGUUCAGUGACUGGUUUAGUCGCUGGAAGCGGGGCGAAGGCCGUGGCAGAGGCGGCGGCGAAGGUGAAGGGUGUGGAGAAGAUAAUAUACAUUGAGAAUGGCGCUUAUGAUCGGGGUUUGCCCGAGAAUUGGGCGCCGUUGCUGGUUGAGAACGUUAAGAAGGGCGGCUUCACACAUCUCAUUGCUGCACACGGUGCCUUUGGGAAGAGCUUGCUUCCUCGAGUUGCAGCCCUUCUCGACAGUCAACAGAUUUCAGACGUGACUGGGGUUGAGAGCGAGGACACGUUUGUGCGACCCAUCUAUGCCGGGAACGCCAUCCUUACCGUCCAAUCCUUGGAUCCCAUCAAAAUCCUCACCGUGCGAGGUACUGCGUUCCCUACCCCCGAGACGGAGGGUGGAUCGGCAGCAGUGGAGGAGGGUGUUGACCCCAAGGUCGAGUCUCCUACCGAGUGGCUCUCGGAGGACCUUGCAAAAUCAGACCGGCCGGAUCUGGGCUCCGCAGAGAGGGUGGUAUCAGGUGGCCGUGGAUUGAAGUCGAAGGAGGAGUUUGACAGGCUUAUCCCUCCUCUGGCAGACGCUCUUGGUGCGGCCAUUGGCGCGUCCAGGGCCGCCGUCGAUAGCGGAUUCGCAGAUAACAGCUUACAAGUUGGACAGACUGGAAAGAACGUCGCUCCUCAGCUGUACCUCUGCGCCGGUAUCUCUGGCGCAAUCCAGCAUCUUGCCGGGAUGAAGGACAGCAAGGUCAUUGCUGCCAUCAACAAGGAUCCCGAGGCCCCCAUCUUCCAAGUAGCGGAUGUGGGACUAGUGGGAGAUCUGUUUGAAAAGGUACCCGAGCUGACCGAGAAGUUGAAGGCGCAGUAG